CGCCAGAGAGACACUCACUCCGAGACCAACUUUGGCUCCGGCUGGGUGUCGACAGGGCGCCCAUCGUAACCUAAAGAAGGUCGAGUAGAGAAAGCCACAAUUAGAAAUAGAGGACAGUGACAGUCGGGAUAGUUGUAACCUCUAAAGCCAAAGACCUAAUGAACUGAGAUGCAAAGAAUUGUUUCUGCACGAAAUCGACUUGUCCGAAUGAACGCAUAAAUUGCUCAGAUUAACGUGUGAACUCUAACGAAAUUUAUUAAAAUGAUUUUCAAAAAAGUGCCGAACAAAUUUUAAAGCUGUGUCUUCGUAAAGUGCAGAUCCAGCAAAAUGCCACGUUCAUUUCUUUUGUGUCAUCGACGCUACAAGCAUAAAUGGCGAUUGGCACUCCGACAUGCUGCUGAGGAAAUGGGAGCUCUUGAUGUCGAAGGUCUAGAGGCAGAGAUUUGCCUUGGACCCUCUGGAGAGCUCCCAUCAUUCAGCUUAUCGAAGAGCCACCCCGAAGUGUGGCAUGAAGAUGAUGAUGCUCUUGGAGGCUAUGAUUCAGCGACUUCUGCAAAAAGUUUCACAGAUCUCCAACCAGCAGCAAUGAGCCCUCGCAGUGAUUCGAGCGGAGAUUGCGUAGUUCCUCAACUGUAUCAUCCGACAAUGCAGGCUUCCAGUAACAUGCAAGCACUUUCAGUUAAUUUUCAUCGUUUCCCGUUUAUGGCGUUAGAGCCACCUAGACAGGACCGGUACGUGCACACGCACCCUUUAAAUAUGCAAGAAGGCGACACCGCUAAGAAACUGCCAGGCCAAGGAUCAAUUGAAGUCCCCCAGGUAGAGAGCAUUUUGCCGCCUCCAACAGCGAGCGAAGUAGGCACAGUGGAUGACUCUCUACAGGUGCAGGCAAUUGAAAAUUCAUUGAAGCGUGGGUCAAUGAUGGAUGCACUUUUAGAACAAGUUCGCGCUGCUCGAAAGGCCCUUCGAGAUAAUGAUCCUGAUACAGCUCCUCAUUUAAAGGAGCGUGACGUUAGUGUGACUUCAAGUCCUGCUGAUGAGUCAAGGGCUUUAGAAUCAACUUCUAAAUUCUGCAUAAGUCCUCCUCAUGAGACUGACAUGAAGGAGACAGAGGGUGACACGGAGGAUAAUGGCCAUAGCUGUUGUGACUGCGGCGAUAGUUUUGAGUCUGUACCUGAGCUGGAGGCACAUAGAAGCAAGAAGCAGAGCUCAUGCAAGAGGGCACGUAGGUGCCCCCACUGUGAGAAGAUGUACGUAUCUCUUCCUGCACUGUCGAUGCAUAUUCGAACUCAUGGGGCUGGGUGCCAAUGUCCCUAUUGCGGGAAACGCUUCUCACGACCAUGGCUCUUGCAAGGACAUAUUCGGACGCAUACUGGCGAGAAGCCGUUCUCUUGCCCUCAGUGCGGUAAAGCCUUCGCCGAUAAAUCGAAUCUUCGCGCGCACAUCCAAACUCAUUCAUCGGCUAAGCCGUUCACUUGUGGGAGAUGUGGAAAGGCGUUCGCGCUUAAAAGCUAUCUCUACAAGCAUGAAGAAAGCUCUUGCCUCAAGAAGUAAAUUGUUUGCCAACAAAUCGUCAAAUCAAAAUUAGCCUUUGUAAAUAUAAACAGCAAGGUUAUGUUUCGGUCUUGUUUUGGGAAAGGUAUUUUUUUUCUUCGUUCAUAGCGGGGCGUCUGCAAGUAGCGUUUAUGCACGACUACUGUGUAUUAGCUCCCGAGUUAUUCAGAAAUUCCCUAUUAAGUUUGGCAUGUUGUUCCAUGAACCGAAGCUUUAGAAAUUAUGGCCAUGAGGCUGGCUUAUCGAUCCGGCUCAUGGAGGUCAGUUCUACAAAAACAAGAUUUUGAAAAGGCACAGCCUGGGACUGUUUCUAAACGAAACGUCACAGGUGUUAAAAGAUUCUUUAUGUUCUAAAUUCAAUAACAGAGUUCAAUUAUUGCACUAUUGUAUUGUGUAUAAAUACUGAUACGUGUCUGGACUAACAUUUUGUGAGAACUACAGUAUUAUAUGCGAUCCUGAUUUCGUUGUUUCCCUAUUGCGAUCUCGAGAAAAUUUUCACAUGAGUGGCAGCCAGCGUCUAUGUCAUAUGCUCUCAAUCUACGAAAUGUACUCUUCGACGGGCAAAUCGAACUUUACAAGAUCAGCCCAUUUGUUCAAACUGGUCAGACUUUAGGGUGCGUGUGCAAUUGAUCAUACUUGCAACUAUAACAUAAAUACUCGUUAUAGGUAGACCAAGAUCAUUUGUUGAGCAGGUAGUUAGAGAUGUUCUUCUGGGCAUGUAGUGUUACUUUCAAGGGAGGUGCGUUACCUGACGCAAAGCGACUUCGUUAUACGGGCGCACUGCACUUUAAGAUACAAAGUGGACUGGUCAGAUUCUCUCCUAGAUAAUUAUCUGUCCUUUGUUUAUUUGAGCCAUGUUCAGUGACUGCUAGGAAAAUCUCAGUGUUUCCUUAUACAGUUAAUAGCCACUGAAUGAUGCGGUUCUUAACUACAUAGCACUACUGGAGACGCAACAUUUCCACAAGCAUGAUACUAAAAACACUUUCCGAAUAAAGAAAACGUAAACUAGCGCACCUCUCACUUGAACGCCCAGUAGCUAUUAUAUUUUUUAUACAGUAAAUAUUCCCCUGGACUGGCCUAAGCCUAUCCCACCGAGUGAUCGCUGGUCAUAAUAGAAUACAAGAGAAAAAUUACCUAAGCUUUGUCGAUGCCAUCCAUUUAUACCACGCCCUUACAGCUAGCGACGUAUAUAUAUAUUACGUGUAAACUCAGCCUAAUUGAUAUGAUGAUGGUACCGCGAUUUGCGUUCGUUCCUUACCUGAACAUCUACCUACUGCAUAAAUGCUUUAUAUACCAUACAUUUGCAAUGGAAACAUAAUUACAUAUAAGAAUGUAUCAGCCCUAAAAACGCUAUAUAUAUAUAUAUAUAUAUAUAUAUCUAGAGUGAAAGAGCCCUGUGUAAGCAGCUAAGGUCAACUAAUGACUGGUGUCUCAGUAGGUCUUAUUUUUCAUUGGCGAGCCUCGAUUCGCGGCCGAACGCAACAGAAAGCAAGGCUAGAUCUAGCUUUGACGAACUUCUGACAAAUUCUGGGUGUAUUGUUUUACAAAGGGGCUCUAUGAUCGUCGGCCAAGAUAAACAGAGGAUCAAUUAGCAGAGACGUGUUGUAGAAAGCUGAAAUAGAAUAACAGCAGCUAUUCAUAUAAGAAUCAAUGGUUCAGGUUUCUAUACGUAAUUGUAUUUGGGUGCCAUAUGUGCUAUAUUUUAGAUGUGGCGAAGCCCGAUCUGUGCGACAAUGUUAUACUUAAUGUGUACACAUCCACUGUGAAUUUUAGUUUUCAUUCACUCAGCCAUAAAAUAUUAUCAAGGCCGGUAAAAUGUCACUUGAAGCCGAAAGCCGUUCGUUGCAAUCACGAGCAGACUAUGAGAGGUAACUAAGUUCAGACGUACAUUAUAUGUAUAUAUAGUUAGCUUUUAAAGUCUUAGGACGUACUUAUAUCACUGAGAUAGGUCGGGACCAAUAACAAUUGCUUCUAAUAAAUUUCUAGCAGAUACGUUUCAGUUUACAGAGCAAACAUCCAUAUCCAUAACGCCCACAAAUAGGGACAAGAAAAAAAAACAGAUGAAGUACGACGCUGUAUAAUAGAGACGUUCAAAUAGAUACCAUACCUAUUCAUUAUUUAAAUCUAUUGUCAUAAAAUAUACGAUCGUACUUAAAGGCCGUAAAUGGCCAAAAGGUAAUAUAAUCAUUCUAUUUAUUAAUAAUCUUAAUAAAGCAACACUUUAUUGCUCUUCUUAAUAGACCUUCGGUGUAUUGAUUUGUAUAUAGUCACGGCAGUCACUAAUUAAUAUUGAUAGCCACUCUGACUUAGUGGACUAUCGCUGGUACGUACAAACAGCUGGCGCAAUUAUAUAAUUAGCAGUUAGUUAUUUGUUUAAUCGGUUGAAAGCGGGCUUGUAUGUACGAACUGCCGUCAUACGUUUGCUAUAUAAUCGUAUAUUGGUAAUUCUCUAAACUUUCAUAGCUUUUAGCCGGACAUUUUUGAACCAACAUACAUCUCUCGACACAGAAAAAGAGGUCAUCAGAUCCUGUCACUCUGUGAAACUACUAUAUUACAUCUACCGAAAUGUUAAUAUUCCGUUCUAUCGUAGCUGUUGCCUGUGCACAUCGAGACUCGUAACACGUGGCAACAAGCACAAAAGCAACUUUGUUCGGCUACUUCGUCUUGCUAUUAUAGCAUCGAUAUAAUCACUCUAAAAGCUGGCCAUCGAGCAUAUUGUCACGCAGACCACGUCGUAGAAAAAUUGUGAUUUAACUGAAGUAAGUGCUUAAGGUAUAGCGUCCUAUACCUGACAAAAAUGUCACAGGAUAAAGAAUAUAUGUGUGUGCAGGCUUGUCGAUAAACGUUAACACGUUCUUUCACCGU